GCUGCAAGUUGAACUGCGCAGGUAAUACACCCAGAAGAAAAAAUGAAUCCCACGUUCGUGGAGGGGUUGCUCGUCUUCUUCGCGUGCCUGUGGCUCCCAACAACUGCAUUAUCAUUCGAGUGGCCAUGUUUCGUAAACUUGUCCUGCUCGAAUUACAACCCAAUCAGGACGAACGGAUCACUGCUUACCUGCUCCCGCAAGUGCAAUCCCUCCAAUCCGAUGUCAUGCUAUCUAAUGGAGUCGCAACGUGAGCCUUGCCUCAAUUUUGAUACAGCUGUCUUGGGAAAGUGCUACGGAGGAGUAUGUUAUGACUUAGAUCUUUAUAAGGCAAAGGCCGAUGAAAAAGCGCCCAACAAAACGCUGCCAUGCAAGCAUGGACACGAUUACUUGUAUAACAACCGUGGUGCUUUUGGCUGCCAGUAUUACUGCUUUAGAAGCCCUCACGAAAUCGUCAAUCGUCCUGACGAGUACCCUUGCUUGAGACCGGACACUACAGUCAAAGGCGGAUGUGGCGGUGGUUACUGCAAAACUGACAAGAAGCCCGGAACUUGACCGGGGACCUACUUCCGAAUGAUAAUUCAAUUCUGAGCAUGAUGUUCUUGCA